UUUCAGCAAUAAAACCCAAGCUAACGUUUUCAAAUCGCUAAAUCAUAACUAAACUAGGCUGUAUUUAAUUUACAAUCAUAGACGACAGAGAUGAGCAACAGAUUUUGGGAUUUGAGAAGCUGAAACCAGAGGAUGUUUACUUGAUAAAUUAUUACAUUUCUGACAGUCGAACAAUGUACUUAUCGACGAAAAUGUUCAGCUCUAACCUCAAUAUUUAGUGAACAACACUUUGCAAACGUUGACACAAGUUGAGCUCGUUGCUAAUACGAACUUUCCGACAGCACUUGAAGGCAGCGCACGUUAGCCAGCAGCAGGCUAAGCUAGCAUUUUGCCAGCAACGUUCCUGUCCACGCAAGUAACUUAAUUCACUUCCCCCUGUAUAAAGAAAUUAACACAUAUGGUUUAACACUGACCACGCGAACAUAGUCUAGCCAUCACUGAGACUAAUGGACGUCAGUGAGAGUGUUUUAUCGGCGGCCAGAGCCGUGCUGGACCUGGUGGAGCGGGAGUGGCAGCCGCUGUCCCCCCUUGAGCUGGAGCAGCGGCUGGACCAGUCGGUGGAAGAGAUCCUGGAGGCUGACCUGAUAGCAAAACUCAAAACCCAGUCUCCUCCUGCCAUAUACGUACAGAUACCGCAGAGUCAAGCUAAUGUGCUGCCCCGCAUGUUACAGACCACCACAUCCAGCCCCCCCGAGGAGGAGACACCAGGUCCCCGAGAACCACAGGGGCCCGUGGACAGUGCUGCAGUCCAGCACAUCGCAGACCUGCUUCAAAACUCCAAAUCCAGGGCUCGGAUGGCCGGACGGGCUCGCUUAUCCCUGUCACACACUGUCCUGCUGUCCCUCACUCUGCUCUCUGAGCGCGUCAGCUACCGCUCCGUGUCCCGCCGCUUCCACCUGGAGAAAGGAAACAUCCACAGGAUCUUCUUUUCUUUCUGUGAACGUAUCAACUUGCUGGAGGAGACGCUCAUCAGAUGGCCACUUGGCAGAGAGGCUGUAGAGACCCUUUUCCCACUUUUCAGUCUGGAGAAGGAGCAGGAGGUGGAGCAGCAAGGUGUCCCUCGGGUCCUGGGAGUGUUGGGACACACCCGCAUCCCUAUCCGCCUGCCAAUAGGGAAACAUGACGUGGAGAGCGCAGUGUCUGAAGUGAAGAGGAUGAAAAAGGAGGUCCAUCCUGACUCCUGGCUAAACCUUCAGCUAGUAUGUGACUAUAAGGGCCGGUUCCUACACUGCAGAAUCAGUAAAGGAUCAGUCUUGGACAGAGGAAGCGCUCUGAGAGAAAAACUCAAACAGCAUCCUGAACUGAUGCCCUCUGGUUCCUGCCUCGUGGCCAGAGCCGGCUACCCGCUCACGGCUCAGAUUUUAACUCCAUACUCAGGAAGUCACGGACCAAAAGAGGAGCUCUUCAACAAGACGCUGGAGGAGCAUUUUCACAUCCUGGAUCAGGCUGUCGCCAACCUGAGAGCCAGAUUUCAGAGGCUCGGGUAUUUGGAUAUUGGAAACUAUGAUCGAGCCAGAGCUGUGGUGCUGACUGCCUGUGUGUUGCACAAUGUGUUUCUGGACAUGGGACAAGUGGUUCAAGGAAAAGUUGAGAAAGAGGAAACCAUAACUCGAGAGGGGGAGGUAGAGGAAGAGGGUGUACACAGACGUGACAGCAUCUCAGAUUUGUUGUUUAAAAGAGUUGAUUCUGGAAGCACAUGAUGAAACCUGUGUUUACAGAUGUAAAUGAACACUUCUGUAAUAUAAAGGGCUAUUUUAACA